CCCCCCUCCAGCACCUCGGUCCCCACCAUUUCCAGCAGCAGUGCCCCCGUGUCCAUCUGGAGCCCGGCGUCCAUCUCCCCGCUCUCAGACCCCCUGUCCACCUCUUCCUCCUGCAUGCAGAGGUCCUACCCCAUGACCUACACCCAGGCAUCAGGCUACAGCCAAGGAUACGCUGGCUCGACCUCCUAUUUCGGAGGGAUGGACUGUGGAUCUUACUUGACCCCUAUGCACCACCAGCUUCCCGGACCGGGGGCCGCCCUGAGUCCCAUGGGUGCCAACGCGGUCACCAGCCACCUCAACCAGUCUCCAGCCUCCCUUUCCACCCAGGGCUACGGGGCCUCCAGUUUGGGCUUUAACUCCACCACCGAUUGCUUGGAUUAUAAAGACCAAACGGCCUCCUGGAAGUUAAACUUCAACGCUGACUGCUUGGAUUAUAAGGACCAGACGUCGUCAUGGAAGUUCCAGGUUUUGUGA